AGGCCAAAGCUCCAAAGCGAAGCAGUGUCACUGAAGCGGAAAACGCGUCGCCUUCAGGGGUCAGCUGAGAGAGUGUUGAUCUCACCUUUGCUGGUGGUCUGGUCGGCGGCGAUGGAGCCUCUGGAGGUGGCCAUAACGAUCAUAUUCGACGCGCUGCUGCUGGUGUUCAUGGUGAAGCUCUUCUUCGCCAUGUUCCAGAUGAAGCUCGUCGUCAUCCUCUUCUACCUCGUCAUCCUCCUCUUCGCCAUGGCCUUCUCCGGCCGGGCGCCCAGCAGCUUCUAGCUCGUAGCAGCUGGCAGAGAACUUUCUUCUCCCCCCUCCCCCCCCCCCCCCCUCUUCCGUUUCUUCUCCUUUGGGGCUUGUUCGGUUCUACCCCAAUCCAUAUGGAUUGAGGGGGAUUGAAGGGGUUUUAAUCCCUAGCAAGUCAAAAUCUCUCUCAAUCCAUAUCAAUCCCCUCCAAUCCAUAUGGAUUGAAAAUAACCGAACAAGCCCUUGGAGGGUAGAUCGGAGGAGUCGUGCAGCAGUAGCACUACGUCCUGUGAAAAGAGUAUCAUCUCGGUUUUUGUUUUGUUGUUGUUGAAGAGUAUUUUUUUUUCUCUAGAAAAAAAAGGUGCGCAUGAUCCGAGGCGCAAAUUGCGUAAGCGUGAAGAGAGAUCGUACGCUCAAAACACGUGAACUAGUCAAUCUUGAGCUUCGAUCUCCAGCCUUUCAUACUUCUAUU